AAUCUAUAUAAAUCAUUAAUUAUUUUAAUAGAUCUUUUGAUGUGAACAAACCUGGUGAAAAACCUGAAAAUCUAUAAGGAGGCGUAGUUGGAGGUUCAAUUCUAUAGGGAAUACUUUCAGUUGGAGAUGAAGUUGAAAUUAGACCUGGAAGAUAAUCAAAAAAUGGAAAUCAAACAACCUGGCAUCCAAUUACCACUAGAGUUGUUUCACUCUAUGCUGAAUAAAAUGAAUUAAUAUAUGCUGUUCCAGGUGGUCUUAUUGGAGUUGGAUUAUUAAUUGAUCCAUCUCUUACUCGUAAUGAUAAUCUUGUAGGAUGUGUUUUAGGACUUCCUAAAUAAUUACCUGAACUCUAUAGAGAAUUAGAAGUACGUGUUUUUAGUUAUCAUUUAUUUAGAUCAAUUAUUAUUUAAUGGUCUCUGUAGUUGGUGCACAAUAAUAAGAUGGUAAAACUUAAAAGAUUGCUAAAAUUUAAUAAGACGAAAUGUUGAAAUUUAAUGUAUUAUCCAAUGAAACACCAGGUA